ACUCAACGACGAAAACACGUUGAAGAGCAGUUGAGAAGUGGUCGAAGAAGUUGGGAAGGGUGGCGGGAGGAGAAGAGAGCGAGAGUGAAUUAGCUGCCUUAAUUUCUUUGAAAUAACACCACAUUGAAGCGUCGGGCUGGUAAGUGGAAAUAGAAGGCUUGUACUGAGUUUAAAACUGCUGUAAACGCAAAGUGGAGCCAGCGUCUUUUCACAGAAAAAGAUUUUUUCUUGAGGAUUGGUCAUUGCAAUCGACACCUCGCUGAAGUGCGAACAGCUGUGAAGGAGUUGGGACAGUUUCGAUUCGAGAGCUUGGUGAACGCUGGCUGAAGAAGAAAAAGAUUUGGCUAAUUGUCAACAAUAUAUUUCUGCGUGUUUUCACGACGCGAGUCUUGAAUUGAGUGAAACGUGCAUUUUAUGCGAGCAAUCUUGAGAGGAUAGGUGAAGCUCUCAUUUACAUACGGUGAACUUGAUAUGAAUAUUUUAUAAGCAAAACAUCCUUACAGAUAGCGAAGUUGAGAUGGCCUCAAAACAAAGCGAACACCAAAGCCCCGUCAAGAAGAGAUUCACUAGCCCCCUUGGAAAUCAGAAAUACGUCACGAAGAAUAUUUCUCCGCGCUUCAAAGCAAAUUUGAAAGAUUUUCGUUCUUUUGGUCCGGGAAAACAGAGCAAGCAAAGAGACCUGGGACCCACCCAUGGGAAACCUUGGAGAAAACCCCAGGAGAGAGGGUGCAGGGCAAAAGCUGUCAGGUUUCACUGUGGAGGAAAUAGUGAAGAUCCACUGAAUUUGAAUAGUCUGAUAGAUCGCGACCCGUCUGUUGUCACACCACAAGCAUCUCCUUUAUCCGUGCACAGUGCAUCCCCAGUUGAAGUUGUGGAACCACGAGAUCAAACUGAUCCUCUAAAUCUCAAGCGCUUUCCACCAGACCCAGAGAAGAAGGAAUCGCAUUCAACACCUAAGAAGCGUAAAAAGAAGAAGCGACAUCCAAAAAAUCAUAAUUCUGAAAAUGAGGUUAAGCCAAAAGAGCAAUCAGGUGUUACUAAUCAGCCUGUUGGUAUGACUUCUGAAGGCAAGAAGAAGAGGAAAAGAAAGAAUCCUACAAGCGAAGAUGCUUCCCUUACAAAAAAUGAGAAAGAUACAUGUAUAAGUAACUCCGAUCAAAAAGGUGUCAAGUCAUCAGAUGGUAAAGAUGACUUGAUCAAUGAAGAAGAACUUGAACCAUGCCCCAAGAAGAAAGUGCGUACUGCUUCGGAGACAAUAGAAGAUUUGAAAACUGAAGACAGCCAAAAUAACAAAAUGGAGGCUUCGUCUUCAGUAGCCGAAGAUAAAAAAAUCUUAGACACAAAAAGAGACACUGUCUCGCACAAAGAAAAACUUUUUAAGAAAGGCAAAGAUCACUCGGCAGGAAAAAAAGGAAAGAAGGAAAAACUUUUCAUUUAUGGUAACUAUAACAGGUAUUAUGGUUAUAGAAACCCACAGGCCACCCAAGACUUGCGACUGAAGUGUUUUAGGAAAGAGUGGUUUGCUGGAAAAGAUGUACUGGACUUGGGAUGUAAUGUGGGUCAUGUGACUCUGACAAUAGCUCGUGACUUUAGUCCACAUGUCAUUAUGGGAAUUGACAUUGACACCAGUUUAAUAAAGGCAGCAAAGAAUAAUAUACGGUAUUAUGUGAAAGGUCGUGUUGCCGAGCCUGGGACUUCUGGAGGUGAAAUGGAUUUUCCCAUAUCAUUUUCUGUCACCAGUGGACCUCUUGCUGCUCCUGUUGUUUUGGGGUCUGGUGAAAGUGUUACCUUUCCACACAAUGUCAUAUUCAAGCAGGUAAAAUUGAUACAAAAAAUAUCAUAAAUAUAGAAAGACAUAGACACAGACAUAGACAGAUUAAUUAUCCAUGAAUCAGGGCUAGGAGACAAAGAAAAUUGAGAAUCAACCUAGGUUAAAAAAUUUUAACCGGAAUUUAAUUUUGACCUGUGACACAUCCAUAUAUUUAUCUGCUCCCACUUAAUUAUUAAUCUACCUUGUGGUGCUAAAAUUUUUGCGGAUUGGCGAUUUUUUGUGUACUUUUGCAGGAACUAAUUUUUGCAAUUAGGACAGAUUGGUUUUUCUUGCUGGUAAUUAAUUUUUGCGAUUUUCAGAAAGUACCCAGUACCUAACAUUGACAAUAUUUUCAUUUUUGUAAAUUAGAUGUAAUAGAAAUGCAUAUUUUCAAACAGUACUAUCUAUGUAAAACCAGUAAUUCAUUGUAUACUGUUUUGGUUCCGAAUGAAAGAGGCGAGUUGUAAUUGAACAGACACAAUUUCUUAGUACUGUAUUUUUGUGUGGCUAAUUUAAGUUAGAGAGUAUUUACUCUGGAGUAAAUUUUUGCGGGAGCUUAUUUUUGCCAAAUUACUGGAAAAAUCGCAAAACUUUGAACCUGCCAAAAUUUUGUGCCACAUGGUAUAUUCAGUUUUCAUUUAGUUAGUUAGAAUCUUUUUCAAAAAAAAUUACAAUGACAAGUACCUAAUGCUCUAUUUAUACUAUGGAAAUGCUUAGGAAAACUAUGUUCCAAACAGCAGUGAGGUACUUUCCAAGCAGAAGCCAAUGUAUGACAUGAUUUUAUGUCUGAGUCUCACUAAAUGGGUUCAUCUGAACUGGGGAGAUGAAGGACUGAAGCUCAUGUUCAAGAGAAUUUUUCUGAACCUGCGUCCUGGAGGAAGGCUCAUUCUUGAACCUCAGCCAUUCUCUUCUUACAAGAAGAAGAAGAAUUUAACAGUAAGUGCAUUGAUUUUUUGCAUAUUAUCUCUCUUUAAAAUGAGUGGAUCGUAUAGUUGGUCACUGAUGAUUCCUUUUUGCACUUGGGUGUCGAGGAAUCCCCCCAUCCCAACCAACAUGUUACCUUUAUCCUAUAAUCCCAACAGUUCUUAACCCUUUAAGCUGCAGUAUCCAUAAACAAAUUCUCCAAACUGAUCUCCAUACAUUUCCUUAAAGAAUGAGUUGAGAGAAUUUGAUAAAAGAUCAAGGCAUUUUUACUUGGGUGAUUGUUUUAUUAAUUCUCAUAACUUAUCUGUUGACAAUAUAUGGAUAUUGUUGGGAGAAAAUUGAUCUUGGUUGCUAUUGGGACUCAAAGGGUUAACAGCUAAUCCCAAUCCCUGGGAUAAAUUUUUUUGUGUUAUAAUGUCAGCAAAAUUAUAACGGUUUGUUGGGAAAAAAUGGCUUGACUGCAAGUCAUGUGGUGUCAUCUGGUUCUGUUAACACUUUUGGGCUCAAGUUGAAGACUUUACUUUUUAAACAUGCAUUUGUGAGUAGAUUUUUUAUUGUUUAUAUUCCUAUAAUCCUGCAGGUUAAACCAGUUAUUUUCAUAAUUUUUUAAUGUCAAGACUGCUGCCAUUUGCAACUGUUAAUAGACAACUUUACUUUUAACCCUUUAAGUCCCAAUAGUGACCAACAUCACUUUUCUCCUAAUGAUAUUCAUAGAUUGUCAAGAGAUUAGGUUAUGAGAAUUAAUAAAAUGAUCACUUAAGGGAAAAUGCUUUGAUCUUUUAUCAAAUUCUCUAAACUCAUUCGUUAAGGAAAUAAUAGAGAUCAGUUGGGAGAAAUUGUAUGUGGAUAUUGGGACUUAAAGGGUUAAUGUGCAUCAUAGAUUUCUUUUGUAUUGUUUCAUUUCUUGUGAUUGUCAAAGAAGAAAAAGUUUUAUGUUCAGAGCAGUAUUGGCUAUUUGAGAGAAUAGAGCACUCUGCCAUUAUUUUAUUUCUUCUAACAACUAUUUCCUUUUUUCCACAGGAAAAGAUCCGCUCCAAUUAUGAUGCUAUUAAGUUCCGCCCAGAGCACUUUAUUGAUUACCUUCUGUCAGACUCAGUUGGAUUUGCUACUUUUGAAGUUUUGGAGACUCCACAACACAAAGCAACUGGUAAUUAACCCAUGGAACCUUAACCCACUGUGUUUGCAACACAUUAAUUAUGCACCUAUCAAUGUAAUGCCGGCAGGGGGGGAGGCAGGGCAUGGGGUGGGGAUUUGACUUUUUUCAAAAAUUUGCAAUCAAAUUCCCUGCCCACGGGCAAAUCAUUCCAGUCAAUUGCAACCAAAUUUCCCCACCCCAGGCUGCACAUUGCUGCCAAUCCCAAGGCAGAACCCAAGAAAGGCACAAUAAAAAUAUCUCCAAGUAAAACUCUGCAAUCUUUUAUAAAUGUUGCUGCAUCACCAAAGCUACAUGUUCCUGUUACAGCUGCAAUUAUACGUUUUAACCAUAAUCUAUGUUACACUGCAUAGAAUACAUAAACCUUUAGGAGAAAGUCCACAUUUUGUAAGUUUAAAUAUACCUUUCUUAGUAAAGGGUACAAAGAAAGUCAGUUUUAUAAGCCUACAGUGAUUGUAGCGAAUGAGCCAUACGCUAAUCAAUUGUAAUUGCAAAAAUCAACUUGGUUUCUCUUUACUUCCGUUUACUUUGAUACCACAGAAUUUUAAGAGGUUCAACUGAUCAAAAACGCGCUAAAACAAACGAAAUUUGAAGACAAAAUUCAGCUUUCACUUGUUCUCAUUGGCCUCCAUGACUUCCUGAUCUUUUCAAACCGUACGGCGCAUGCGUGAAGCGUGGAAGUGGGAAACAUAUGUUCGGUCUCAUUCUUUUUCGUCUGAGUCGGCAGUCAAGUAUCUCCACGUCAGGCGAAGAAAGAUUCAAAAUAUCCCCUCCCUUGGGAGAACAAGAUCAGUCAAAUGUCCUACCCCAGGGCCAACAAAGACAAUCAAAUCCCCACCUCAUGCCCUGCCUUCCCCCCCGCCGGCUUUACAUUGAUACAUUGAUAGGUGCAUUAUAGUACCAAUACAGUCGAACCUCCUGUAUGCGACUGCCCAAAAUGUGAAAAUUUAGUGGUUGCUUAUGGGAGGUGGUUGGUUACAAGAAUCAAACCACAGGGUGUCUCUUCUGAGAAGAGGUCCCUAGACAUCUACCGAUACUUUUUUUUAGUAGAUAAUGGUAUAGGUGUAGUUCCAUGUUGUCACUGAAAUUUCUUCAUAUACUCUAGUGGCAUCGUACAUACAACAAAGAGACCACACCAUGGGUCAAGUGGCCACUUACGAGAGGUUAAAAACAGUGGAGAACUAUAAAACCAUCGGGCCAAAAUGGGGUCAUGGCUGCUUGUGUUCGUUUACAAGAGGUUCUGAUUAUAGGGAUUUGACUGGGAAAAUUUUGGUGUUUUGGAUAGUUGGUGGUUGCUUACAAGAGGUGGUGGUAUACGGAGGUUUGUGUUUUUCGAAGAAAUUAUGUUCUUAUGAUUUGGAGGAAGAAAAAUUCUAAGACCAGAAAGCUCAGAAAAAAUUCCGAGCUCCAGUUGAGAAUGAAACUCAUAAUCCUUGAGUUCUAGUUCAGACGUCCUAACCACUGAGCUUCUGGAGGCCCUAUGGCCAGCAGGGUCAAAAUUUAAUUAUAACUUCACCAGUCAUAGAGGACUGACAUCUGUGUUUGACUGAAUGUGAGCAGUAAUAUCACAGUCAAACCUCUUUUGCAUGGCUCCCCAUAGGAAAGGGAAAAGUGGUCAUUUGAAUGAUAGAGGGUUCUGUUUCAAGAGAUUCACUGACAAUUCUCUGACAGUACUGUGGUAACUGGUAGCUUAAUAGAGGGUCACUGCUUAACCCUGCAAUAGGGAUCAUAAUACGUUUCUGGGAGACUGCCCACCUACCCCUCCCCUAAGCCAUCAUUAACACCUACUUCUCACCUAGGACAAAAUGUUGGCUUAGGGGAGGGGUAGGUGGGCACUUUCCCAGAAAUGUAUAGUGAUCCCAAUAGACUAGCAUCCUUUAAGGAAUAGCAAUACACCUAAAACUUGGUGUUUUACACAACUAAAUUGGGAUUUAAACUUCAGGGGUAUUGGCCUCAUUGGCACAAAACACACCUUGACCUUUUUUGCUUGAGCCUAGAAACCUGGGUUAUUAAAAUCUGUUUCUUUUUUCUAUUUCUUCAGGUUUUCAACGUCCUCUCUAUCUCCUUACCAAGUCUCCUCAAGACCAUGAAGUAUCGUUGGAGGAAUUUUACUAGUAUGAAAGUAUCAAGACUAUAGAGUUUAAGCAAACAUGACAACGAGCGCAUGACAAGCAGGGCACGUGCACAAACAAACAACGCCUCUGCAUGCGAUUUUUACACUUACAGAAAAUUUCUCUAGCAAUCUAUGCAAACACCAAUAACAACAAAUGAACUAAUUAACAGGUUUCAUGGAGAAUAUGAAUAACGUAAAAGUUAAGUGUGAACUAGAAAACUUCUAAGAUUAUUUGCUUGAAAGUCAUAAACAAAUCAGAAUUAAAAGUAACUCAAAAGAAAUGG